CUGCAAAGUGCGUGGCUGCAUGUCAACUGUUUAUUAUAUUAUCGAUUUUACACUUUGAUGUUAAUUGAGAAACUUGAGAAAAUAGACGCGUGAAAAAGAAAAAAAAUAGUUUAUUUUGGACAUUAAUCAGCUGAUUUGAAGACCUGUAUAGAGAGUUAAAGAAAGAGAAAACCAAAAACUUAAGAGAAUAUUAUUACAAUUAGAAACCUAUUAUUGUCAUUGAAAUAGUAACACUAAUAUUUCAAUUGUUUUUAUUCUUGCAAAUCACCACAAAUUGUUCAAGAAUGGCUCAAUUGGAAUUAGAUCCACAUUUUAUACAGGGUUUACGAUUAUUGCAUUCAAUAAAUAAGGAUUCGGCUGAUCAACUAAGAACCCUUUUGGAUGAGGCAAUAAGACAAAAACAUGGUCCAGUCAAAAUGUUGUGCAAUGUUUUACAUAAAAAGUACACUAUGGAGGAGCCAGUUUUAAGUGAUCACAGUAGUGGAAGUAGUAAAAAAAGUAAAAGUUCAUCAUCUAAACAUUCGAGUAAAUCAAGUAAAAAUAGUUCACCAGUAAAUGUGCCAGCUCGUGAUACACCUCCGGAUGUAAUGCAAUCUGAUGAUAAUUUGGCACUGGAAAUUUUGGAGGACGACUUGACAUGUGUUGUGUGUAAGGGAAUGGAUGUUGGCGCAAGGAACAGACUCGUCGAAUGUGCAGUUUGUCAUUUUCUCUAUCAUCAAGAAUGUCACGUGUCGCCAAUUCUGGAUUCUCAAAUCGAUGGACCAGGAGUUGUUUGGCACUGCUUUUUGUGCACCAACAGUCAACAGACCUCGAAGGAGGGCACAUCACCAAAAGCUGUAACAGAAUCGAAAUCUAAAAAAGAGAAAAGCAGAUCAUCGAGUUCGAAGCACGAUAAAUAUAAAUCUUCAAGUGGCCUUAGUCAAUCGCAAUCGAUAAAUGUCAGUAGUAGUGGUAGUUCAUCAAAUUCAAGUAGUUCAUCAUCGAAAAAUGUACCAAUGCCCAAUAUUCAAAUAAUUAGCGGUGAUAAACGACUGCGUGACAUGAUGAAAAAAGCGAAAAAUGAUAAACGAAGUUCAUCCAGCAGCAGUAAGCAUUCUUCAAGUUCUUCCUCAAAAUCUUCACACGAAAAAUCACUACUUUAUAAAAUGAAAUCAGGUUCUGAAUGAAAUUGAAUUUCAUUCUUAUACAUAUAUAGAGUUAUUAAUAUUUACAAUCAAUUUAUUUAAUUAUAUAUUGCAUAAUUUUUUUUUGAGAAAGUACUUGUAUUCAAGUACUUUUAUAUUUAGAUCGUAAGUUUUUUUUAACUGUGAAUUAAAACAAAAUUAGGUUCAACUUCACUCUGCGAAUUUGAAUUUAAGUGAAAAUUCACUUUGAAUGUGAAGUCGUCGACGAGAGGAAAGCAGGGUUUCUACUAUUCAGGGUGAUCACAAGUUUCAAUUUAUCAACUUCCCUGACAAUUUAGACAUUUAAAUUACUUUCCCUAAAAAAAUUCUUUUUACAGAGGAAAAUAUUAAUGUUUAUGGAAAAUGAGUAAACUUUAUGAAUUUUAAUAAUUUCUAAAACUUAGAAUUAUAACUCUUCCUGACUUUAAUUAUUUUCUACAAUUUUCAACUAAACUUCAUCUCGGAA